GCUUCCGACAGAACUCGGGCUGCGGCCUCCGGAGAGCGGGAGCGUGCAGCAGGGAUGGCGGCGACUGUGAUCCUGGAGCCCGCUGGCCGCUGCUGCUGGGACGAGCCCGUGAACAUCGUGGUGCGUGGGCUGGCCCCGGGGCAGCGAGUCACGCUGCGCGCGUCCCUGCGCGACGAGAAGGGCGCGCUCUUCCAGGCCCACGCGCGCUACUGCGCGGACGGCGGCGGCGAGCUGGACCUGGCGCGCGCGCCCGCCCUGGGCGGCAGCUUCGCGGGCCUCGAGCCCAUGGGACUCAUCUGGGCCCUGGAGCCUGAGAAGCCCUUUUGGCGGUUUUUGAAGAGGGACGUGCAGACACCCUUCGCGGUGGAGCUGGAGGUGCUCGAGGGCCACGAGCCCGAGCCACAGAAGGUCCUGGGCCGGGCGGUGCACGAGCGCUACUUCCUGCGGCCUGGGGUACGCAGGGAGCCGGUGCGCGCGGGCCGGGUGCGCGCCACGCUGUUCCUGCCGCCAGGACCCGGACCUUUCCCAGGGAUCAUUGACAUCUUUGGCAUAGGAGGGGGCCUGUUGGAAUACAGAGCCAGCCUUCUGGCCGGCCAUGGUUUUGCCACAUUGGCUGUAGCUUACUAUGAAUAUGAAGAUCUCCCCAAGACAUAUGACAACAUACACCUGGAGUACUUUGAAGAAGUCCUGCACUACAUGCUUCAACACCCUCAGGUAAAGGGCCCUGGCAUUGGGCUUCUGGGCAUUUCUCUAGGAGCUGAUAUUUGUCUCUGCAUGGCCUCGUUCUUGAAGAACAUCUCAGCCACAGUUUCCAUCAAUGGAUCUGGGUUCAGUGGAGACAAAACCCUACAGUACAAACAGACUAACAUCCCAUUAUUGGGCCAUGACCGGAGAAGAAUCAAGGUAACUUUCUCGGGUGUCGUGGACAUUGUGGAUAUUCGGAAUGAUAUCGUGGGAGGGUGUGAGCACCCCAGCAUGAUUCCGAUAGAGAAGGCCCAAGGGCCCAUCCUCUUCAUUGUUGGUCAGGAUGAUCAUAACUGGAGGAGUGAGUUCUAUGCCCAGCUAGCCUCUGAACGGUUACAGACCCAUGGAAAGGAAAAACCUCAGAUCAUCUCUUACCCUGGGACUGGGCAUUACAUCGAGCCUCCCUACUUCCCCAUGUGCCCAGCUUCCCUGCACAGAUUACUGGACAAACCUGUGAUCUGGGGCGGGGAGCCCAGGGCUCAUGCUAAGGCCCAGGUGGAUGCUUGGAAGCAAAUUCUCACCUUCUUCUGCAAACAUCUUGGAGCUUCUGCCAAAUUGUAAUGCAUUGGUCUGUUGUUGACAUGAGAGAUUCAAGGUUAGAUUGCAGUGUUUAACAAAUUUUUUGAAACAGUUGUCCUCUGGAUAACAUUAAAUUCAUGUUAUUAGUAUUAAUUAUGUAUUUUGGGUAAUUUUUUGAAUAAGUUUUAAUUUUUCAUUAAUUUUACUGUGUAACACAUGCUUGUUUUAGAAGAUUCAAUCAGAGAUAGACAACAUGAAAAACUAAAAAAGAUUCCCAGUGUUACUAUUUAUCGUCUUCAAGAUUUUUUUAGUUAACAGCUAGAGCCAGAUAGGAGCUUUAAAGCUGAGCAAACACUAGGUUACUUUUCACAUCACUGAGAGAUAAUAGCCAUCCAUUGUUUGCUACCAACUGUUCAACUACUGGUAGCAGGGUAGAAGUUUCUUUGUCCAAACGGGUGCAGAGGGGUGUUGAUAUAAAGAGGGCCAGACCUACAUUUUUAUCAUGGAGAUCAGAGAAUCAUUUGGGAGGAGGAAUGGGGAAAAAGGAGAGCAUCUGCCUCUUGAAUAGUUUAGCCUGAAGUCUGUUCUAAGGGUGAGUGACUAUGACCUAUUUUCCCUCUUGAUUCCAGCUCUAAGAAAAGACCUUGGAAGAUCAUAGUGUAAUAGUCUUAAAGGCACUCAUUUCACACUGUCUUUGACAUCGGGGCUAAACAGCGUUAUUUAAGUGUAUUCAGCUUUACUGAAAGGGUAAGCUACAGGGAAUUAACAGUUAUGGGUAAGAAUGUUUAAAACAAGGUUAAAUGUUAUUUUUCGCCUACUCCAAGGGCAAAGCAUGUGCAGAGUUAGGUCUUUCAAUGAGGAUCCCCCACCCACCCCUGCACAUCCUAACCACUCUGCCUCAGGAUUCAUGCCCCUCUCCCUAGCAGCACAUUUACUCAGGUCGCAGUUCUUCAUUAUUGAAUAAUACCCUGGGCGUCCACUGAGACCAUCACAAAUGGACUAGGGUUUGUUGUGUAUAUUCUCAACAACUAAAUAAAUAAAAUUUAAAAGGAGAAAAAAAAAUUCAUGUAAUAAAAAAUAGAAUUAAUAAGAAUGUUCACCCGUUGUGAAAAAUGUAAUUAAUGUCACUGAAUAAUUUGCAUAGGAAUUGCUAAAUGGCAACCUAAUUUGCUGUGUAAACUCUCACCGAAAACAAAAUAUUAUUUUUUAAAAAAUGGACUUUGGUAGUCCAAGUUUUGAAGGUCAUUGGAAAGGUUUUCCAGUGAGGGUGAACUGCAGAUAAUGGUUCUUUAUCUUUCUAAAGGUACAUUAAUUUUUAUAAUCAUCUGGCUGAAACCAUAAAGGAGGAACAGAAAUUUUUUCUUAACUGGUCUAUAAUAUAUAUAAGACAGGCCUUGCAGACAAGGGAAUUAUAUUUCAUCCUACUGCUGAUAUAUAUUAAUUCCUUUUGGUUCAUUAUCCUACUCCUGCCCACCCCGUCAUCCAUCCUAUCUUCAUCUUUGUGGAAGAAGUUGUGCCCUCUGGGGUCCCUGAGACUGUCCCUGGUGGCACAAAUGGUUAAGCAUUCAGCAACUAACUGAAAUGUUCAUAGUUCUACCCGACCCAGAAGCACCUCGAAAGAAAGGCCUGGCAAUCUUGCUUCCGAAGGUCACAGUUAUAAAAACCCUAUGGAGUGCAGUUUUACUCUGAAACAAUUGAGUUGCCAGGAGUUGGAAUCAACUCAAUGGCAACUGUGUUUUGUUUUUGAAGGGGUGUGCCAGGCGCUCCUUGGAAACUGUAUGGGGCAGGUCUACUCUGUCCUGUAGGGUUGCUAUGAGUCAGAAUCGACUCGACGGCACUGGGUUUGGUUUGGUUUUGGUUUGGGUCCUUAAGACUAAGAAACUACUAAACCAUUUUUAUCAGUGCCCACUCCCUUAGCUUCCCAGAGACCCAGAAGAAGCUUUGAAAUUGCUGCUUUCUCAGGUCUUGAAUAACUUCUUAGACAAGGAGAUCUCUCCCUCCUCAAACUUUCUGGGUUGAGGACAGAGGUUUUCUAUCCAUCCUAUUACACAUACUAGAGAUGGCAGUGUGUUGUUGGAUGCAAAAAAGAAGAAGAGAAGGAGGGUAAAGUGUUUGACCUAGAGAUGUGAGUUCUCCACGGCUUGGCCUUGGUCCUUCUUUCUACAUUCUAUCUAAGCAGUCUCAUUCUAUUCCCAUGACGUUUAAUGCCAUCUACAUGUUGACAGUCCCAAAUUUAUGUUCCCAGCCCAAACUUUCCUUCUAAACUCUAGGCAAGUAUAUCCAAUUCUCUUCUGCUAUCUCCACUUAUAUGUCACGGAAAUUUCAAUUUUCAAGUCCAAAACUGGGUUCUCUAUGUCUUUCUUCCUUCUUCCAAAAUACAUACGUAAAUAAAUAACCCCAUAUUCCUCUCCUCAUCUUCCUGAUCUCAGUAAAUAGCAUCACCGUAAGCCCAACUGCUCAAAUCAAAAACUUAGGAGUAAUUCUGGAUUUCCUUCCCAAUUCCUAUGUCCAACCCAUCAGCAAGUCGUAUGGUUUCUCCCUCGAGAAUACAAAUCCUGUCUGUCCACUCAAAACAUGUCCAAACAAAAACUUGUACACAAAUGUUACUAUUAUUCAUAAUAACCAGAAGUGUAAACAACCCAAAUGUCCAUCAGUUGAUGAAUGGAUUCAUAAAAUGUGGUACAGCCAUACAAUGGAAUAUUAUUUAGCAGUAAAAAAAUGAAAUAUCAAUACAUAAUACAACAUUGAUGAACCAUGAAAACAUGCUAAGUGAAGGAAGCCAGUCACAAAGAAUCAAACGUUGUAUGCUUCUCUAUAUGAACAGGCAAAUCUAUAGAGGCAGAAAAGAUCAGUGGUCGCCUAAUGCCAGCAGUUGAGGGAGAGAUUGGGGACUGACUGCUAAGGGGAGCAGGAUUUCUUUUUGGGGUGAUGAAAAUGUUCUAAAGUUGAUUGUGGUAAUGGAGGUAAAACUGUGAGUACACUAAAAGCCAUGAAUUGUAUACUUCAAAUGAGUGAAAUGUAUGGCAUGUGAAUUAUGCCUCAAUAAAGCUGUUAAAAAAAAAAAUCUAUCCACUCUUCUCUGUAUCCGCUGCCAUCCAUCUAGUCUAAAUCUGCAUCGUCUCUU